AGCCAAAGUGAAGUUAAAAAUGCAUUACUUUUCACUUCGUUUCUGUAGAGGAGCCAGCAGACUUUCUUCUCCAAGUUUCAUGGCUCCCUCCCUCUCUUCUCUCUUACUCUCACCCUCCAACCCUUCUUUCCUUUCUUCCCCAAACCCUAACUUCACCCACCGCCGCACUAUCUCUCGCCGCACCCAAAUCCUCUCCUUCACCAAAAACAACAACAAUUCGUCUUCCAAGCCCACCGACCUCGCCGCCACCGAGAAGAAGUCGUUCGCCGUCGCCACCGGCGAGCUAUUCUUGGGCCUGGCGUCGCGGCUCUUCAUACGGAGAGGGCCCAGCAAGGGCCCGAAUGGGGAGGUGGGUUCGGUGGCCAUGUUUGAGGACUUGAAUGGGAGUGGGUUUUAUGCGAAUGGUAGUAGUAGUAGCAAGGAGAGGAUUGGGGCUGUGAUGGAGGAUGAGAUUGAACCCGACGUCGUUUGGGAGCAGAGAGUGAAGGACGUGGAAGCUGAGCGUCAACGACGUGUCGUUACGAGUCCUGGGUUUAGUUUCUCUGCUGCUGGGCUCUUGUUUCCUUACCAUCUCGGUGUCGCUCAGUUCCUCAUUGAAAAGGGUUAUAUCAAGGAGACCACGCCAUUAGCUGGUUCCUCAGCUGGUGCAAUAGUCUGUGCGGUGAUUGCCUCUGGAGCAAGUAUGGAAGAGGCCUUGAAAGCUACCAAAAUCCUGGCUGAAGAUUGCCGGAAUAGAGGGACUGCAUUUCGGCUUGGGGCUGUUCUUCGAGAUGUUCUUGAUAAGUUUCUGCCAGAUGAUGUUCAUAUUAGGUCCACCGGGAGGGUUCGUGUUGCUGUAACCCAGAUUCUUUGGAGGCCUAGGGGCUUGUUGGUGGAUACGUUCGAUUCCAAGGAAGAUGUCAUCAAUGCAGUUUUCACUUCUUCCUUUAUUCCAGGAUAUCUUGCACCUAGACCAGCUACAUUGUUUCGAAACAGACUUUGCAUUGAUGGGGGAUUGACGUUGUUUAUGCCACCGACAUCUGCUGCACAGACGAUUCGUGUUUGCGCUUUUCCAGCUAGUCGAUUGGGGUUGCAAGGAAUUGGGAUCAGUCCAGACUGUAAUCCUGAAGAUAGGGCCAGCCCCCGAGAGCUUUUCAAUUGGGCACUUGAGCCAGCAGAAGAUCAUGUUUUAGACCGGCUCUUCCUGCUUGGGUAUCAAGAUGCGGCUGUUUGGGCAGAAGAGAACCCAGUCGAAGAUUUAGUUGAAGAUGUAGUUGAAGAUAACGACUCCUUAGUUGGAAAUGGCCUUCCCUCUUCAUGAUAGUGAUUGAUAUAGAAGAUGUAUGAGAUCAUCAGGGGGUUCCUCUCCAACCUUUUGGAUCCUGUUAUUACAUUAUCAAGUGGCAGGUUCCAGAGGCUAGUAUUCCUGUUGCAGUACAGUGCUUAUUUAUAGAGGACAGAAUGAGCAUUCUCUGGUAUAGUACCACAUAUUGUAUAAUAAGAUUGUAAAGUCGGGACAAUAAAAUAGGAAAAGCCAUAGAAUAGUUUAUAUGAGAUUAAUAAGAAUAGUUCAAUUUCAAUCUUUA